AUGCCUUCACACAAGUGUUAUGCGUUCCACUGGCAGUCGAACGUAAAUGUGCAUCAUGUCGGUGUCGAAGACAUGGUGCUACUCAGCAAGCUUACCGAGCAGUCUAUUACCGAUAAUCUUAAGAAACGGUUUCAUGGCAACAGCAUCUUCACUUACAUCGGACCGGUACUAAUCUCAGUGAAUCCUUUCAAACAAAUGCCUUAUUUUACUGAAAAAGAUAUGGAUCAAUAUCAAGGAGCCGCUCAAUAUGAGAAUCCACCACACAUUUACGCUUUAGCCGAUAAUAUGUACAGGAAUAUGCUGAUUGACAAUGAGUCACAAUGUGUGAUAAUCAGCGGUGAAAGCGGUGCUGGCAAGACUGUGGCCGCAAAAUACAUCAUGAGUUAUAUAGCACGUAUCUCUGGAGGAGGUCCCAAAGUUCAACACGUGAAAGAUGUCAUUCUCCAAUCGAAUCCAUUACUUGAAGCCUUUGGUAAUAGUGCAACUGUCAGAAAUUGGAACUCAUCGAGGUUUGGUAAAUAUGUACAAAUCGUUUUUGGCAGAGGAGGAGAACCAAUUGGUGGCAAGGUGACAAACUUCUUACUGGAGAAGUCACGAGUGGUUCAGCAGAAUCAUGGUGAUCGAAAUUUUCACAUUUUCUAUCAGCUAUGCGCAGGAGCUGGAAAAAAUGUUAAA